CUUGCAUCUCUCAUCCAAAGCACAUCGUCGCUUAAGCCAUGGCAUCUGAAUACCUGCAGGCCACCCCCGUGGCUACCAGCCAAGCAUACUAUGAUCUAGGCUCGUUCCGUCGCAAGAUCAGCACCACCAGCCCUGAGGCCCAGAUCUGGUUCAAUCGAGGCCUCACCUGGGCCUACGGAUUCAACCACCAGGAGGCCGAGGCGUGCUUCCAGCAGGUCAUUGCCCACGACCCGACAUGUGUCAUGGGCUACUGGGGCGUGGCCUUCGCCACGGGCCCCAACUACAACAAACAAUGGGCUGCGUUCGAUGAAGCCGAUCUGCAGUACUCGGUCAGGAAGUCGUAUCACGUUCCUCGUGCCGGACUCGUCCAUAUUGCGGCUGCUUCUCCUCUCGAGCAGAGUCUCCUCCACGCCAUCCAGCAUCGGUUCCCCACGGACGGUGUCAUCGAGGACUACGAUGCCACGAAUCGCGCCUACGCCGACGCCAUGCGGACUGUCUACCACAUGCACGGCGAGGACGACCUCGACAUCGCGGCGCUCUUCGCCGACGCUCUGAUGAACAUCAGCCCCUGGGGUCUCUACGAAGCGAGCACCGGCCAGCCCAUCCUCUCCACGCCGGUGCUCGAAGUCAAGGAGGUCCUCGAACGGAGUCUCCAGCACCCCAAGGCCAAAUUCCACCCCGGCCUCCUGCACAUGUACAUCCACCUCAUGGAGAUGUCCUCCACCCCCGAGGCGGCCCUCGUGCCGGCCGACCACCUGCGCGACCUCAUCCCCGACUCCGGCCACCUCUGCCACAUGCCGUCGCACCUGGACGUGCUCGUCGGCGACUACCGCCGGUCCAUCGCCAGCAACACCAAAGCCACCCUCGCCGACGACAAAUUCUACGCCCGCGAAGGCGGCCAGAACUUCUACAGCUUCUACCGCCUCCACGACUACCACUCCCUUAUCUACGCCGUCAUGCUGGCCGGCCAGUCCGCCGUGGCCCUCGACGCCACCGACCGCAUGGAGGCCACCAUCCCCGAGGCCCUCCUCCGCAUCGAAUCCCCUCCCAUGGCUAACUGGAUGGAAUCCUUCCUCUCCGUGCGCGUCCACGUCCUCAUCCGCUUCGGCCGCUGGGCCGACCUCAUCGCUCUUCCCCUGCCCACGGACCCCGACCUCUACUGCGUCACCAUCGCCACCCUCCACUACGGCAAGGCCAUCGCCUUCGCCGCCACCAACAACAUCCCAGACGCCGAACACCACCGCGAGCUCUACCGCUCCGCCGCCGCCCGCGUCCCCGACUCCCGCAUCUACUUCCCCAACAAGAUCCCCGACAUCCUCAAAGUCGCCUCCGCCAUGCUCGACGGCGAGCUCGAGUACCGGCGAGGGAACUUCGACGCCGCCUUCGCGCACCUCCGCGCUGCCAUCCUCGCCGAAGACUCCCUCCUCUACUCGGAGCCCUGGGCCUGGAUGGUCCCUGCACGCCACGCCUACGCCGCCCUGCUGCUCGAACAGGGCCGCGUGUCUGAGGCUGCGGAGGCUUACGCCGAGGAUCUCGGUCUCAGCGAGACCCUGGUCGGAGCCCAUCGCCACCCGAAUAACGUGUGGGCUCUGCACGGGUAUCACGAGUGUUUGGUAAGGCUGGGACGGGUGGCUGAGGCCAGGAUGGUCGAGCCGCCGUUGAAGGUCGCGUUGGCGGUCGCGGAUGUGGAUAUUCGGGCUUCUUGCUUCUGUCGGUUGGAGAAGAUAGGUGGGUGUGGUGGGUGUUGAUUUUGUCGUGUGUAUGCGUAUUUGUUCGUGUGCUAUGUUGUAUGAUGUACAUGUAUUGCAUUGUGGGCUAGGUAAAAGUUCUCUCUCUACUCAUUGAAUUCAAGC